AUGCAUUGGGCAAAUGAGACAAGCUAUAAUCAGAUAGCUGAUGUGAUGCCACUCUAUCAACUAAAGAACAAUUUUCUAAUAACCAAACUUGAAGAAUACAACAGUAUUGAAGAACUUAUUAUUCCACUAAAAUCACAUACAUCUCUGCGCCAUUCUAUAAAAUCAAAGCCACACAAAUGGGGCAUUAAUGUAUUCGCUCAAGCUGGUGUAAGUGGCUACAUUUAUGAUUCUGAAAUGUAUUUUGGGAAGGGAACAAACACUGCAAGUAAUCCUGAAUUAGGAAUGAGUGGAAACGUAGUGAUUCGGCUGAUUAGGAACUUGCCUAGGCACACCAGUUUCAAACUCUUUAUAGACAACUGGUUUACUUCCCUCAACCUAGCAGUAAAGCUUAGAAAUGAAGAAAUGUAUGUUGUGGGAACCAUAAGAAAAAACAGAUUGGGUGGAUGCCGUCUGAAAACUGAUACAGAGAUGAAAAAAGAAUGCAGAGGAACCUGUGAUUACCGCAGAGAUGAAAAAGAAAUUAUAAUUUUGAAAUGGUAUUACAAUAAAACUGUCCAUCUGAUUUCUACUUAUAAAGGCAAGGAACCUGUUGAAAAUGUGGAAUGUUGGAGUAAAAAUAGCAGAGUGUAUAUAGACAUUCCACAUCGCAACAUUGUGUAG